AUGCUCAAAGACUCGCGCACCAACCGCUUCCUGAUCCGCCUAAGCAUCUUCGCCCUCUGCGCCAUCGCCCCCAUCAGCGUCAUCUAUAUCGUCGUGCGCCUGCUCGUGACGCCCAGCGGCUAUGGCGCCCCAUUCCUCUUCAUGCUCGACGCGUACAUGCUCGCCGAGGCGUUGUUCUUCCUCCUCGUGCACCUGCCACGGAAAUGGUGGAUCAACCGCCCUGCAGCUCCUUAUGCGCCGCUGAAGACGCGCGCGCAGCGGCGUGAGAUGCUGGUGCGGUCGUGGGAUGCGACACCGGAGCCGCGGCGCUAUGUGCAGAUGUAUUUCUACGGGGCGCCGGUGGAGAGUUUGGGACGCGAGGAUGUGAAGCGGUGGUUGAGGUGGCGGCUUUGGGGCCGAUAUUCGCUUCAUGGAGGUAAGGAGACUGAGGGGUUGAUGGUUGAUGAGGGGGAGUUGGAGGAGUAUGUGCAGUACACAGAGGAGGUGCUGGGGCACGAAUUUCCCGAGGGGGCGACAGGGAAUGAAGGCCUGGUGGUAAGGGAGGAGCCUGUGCGGCUAGUGCGGCGGCCGUUGAUGUGGUAUGGCAUUAUUGGCAUCGUGGACACGAUUGCAUUUGUGGGAAUGUGGUGGCGUGGCUUUAGCUUGUACGCGAGAAGUGCGGAAUCCGUGAGGAGCUUUCCGUUGAGGCCGCUCUCUGUGCUCGGCAAGAAGAGUCCCUCAGGGGCGUUCAGCUACUGGUAUCGUGAGCAUACUAAGAAAGCGCGAGAGAACGGUCACUUACCCAUGCUAUUUGUACAUGGCAUUGGAGUCGGCUUGCAUUUCUACCUCCCCUUCCUCAAGGAUCUGAUGCUGAGUCCACGGCAGCAGGGUGUGGGAAUGAUUGCGUUGGAGGUACUUCCAGUAUGCAACCGCAUUACCGCGCCGUUGCCACCAUCAGAACAGAUUGCAGAGGAAGUGCUCAGCAUAUUGCAGUACCACAACUGGGAGAAUUGCGUGCUUGUUACACAUUCAUAUGGAUCUGCCCUGGCAGCUCAUAUGUUUAGACAUGCCGAAGCGAAGGCCAGGAUCGGUCCCAUGAUUCUCGUUGAUCCCGUUGCGUUCAGCUUCCAUCCACCAGAUGUGGCGUGGAAUUUUCUGCGACGACAACCGACCACGGCCAGUGAAUGGCAAUUGUGGUACUUUGCGAGCAUGGACUCGGAUGUUGCAAGGACGUUGACGAGGAACUUCCGCUGGCUGGAGAGUAGCCUCUGGCGUGAGGAUCUGGACCUACACUUCAAUCAGGCUGGCCGGACAAAAGACACGAGAGUCACGGUAUUUCUCUCAGGGCAGGACAUCAUCACAGAUGUCAACACCUUGGGAACGUACUUGAGCAGGAGCGAUCAGAAGGUCAAGUGGUACCGUCAGACCCCUCAGCGAAGAUCUCAAGAGGGUUGGAAGAGCAAAGAGUGGACUGGAGCUGAGCAGCUAGAAGUUGUGUAUCUGCCAACACUCAACCAUGCUGAGCUAUUCGAGGAGACGACACCACGGCAUCUCUUGGUUAAGACCGUUGAGGCAUAUACUUUGUCUGCGAGGAAAGAGAACUACCUGCUUGGUGUCUGGGGCAUUAUCUACCACCCUUAUCUCGGCAGCACAGACCGUGAUCUUGAGAACAAGCAUGAGUAUGACGAUAAGAAGUCACGAAUGAGCGAGACCCAGAGUGGUGGCCAGUAUGAGAGCCAGCAGUGUCCCAACGUCGAAAAUGAUUCGAACAAGAUUAGGGCCCAGAGACGUGAAUCUUGA